CGAAAAAAGAUAUAAGAAACGAAUGAUUAUUAUCAACGAGAAACCCCACAGAGAGAGAAUCUCAUACAGGUGCUGAUCAUCGAUUCCGAUUUUUUUUUCCACAAAAUUCAUCUGUGGAUCUGGUCUUUUCGAUUCACGAAUUACUUCGUUUGUUCGUCGUCCCAAGCCAAGCUUUGAUCACAUACACACAACUCCAUCGAAUUGGAACUAUACUUAAUCGGAACUCCCUGAAGCAUUUAAAUGGCAGAAAAAGCUUGUAUAAAGCGACUUCAAAAGGAAUACAGAGCACUUUGCAAGGAACCCGUCUCGCAUGUUGUUGCUCGUCCAUCCCCAAAUGACAUUCUCGAGUGGCAUUAUGUUUUGGAAGGCAGUGAGGGAACACCAUUUGCAGGAGGAUUUUACUAUGGGAAGAUCAAGUUCCCUCCAGAAUAUCCUUACAAGCCACCUGGAAUUACAAUGACAACACCAAAUGGUCGAUUUGUGACACAAAAGAAAAUCUGCUUGUCUAUGAGUGACUGUAAGGACGAACUUCUUUUCCAUUCUCUGUUAAUUAAUUUCGGAGAACUUGUCUGUUAUCUAAUUAGCUUUACCCCGGCAUGUACAGUUCAUCCAGAAAGCUGGAAUCCAAUGUGGUCGGUGUCAAGCAUACUUACAGGACUUCUCUCAUUUAUGAUGGAUAACAGCCCUACAACAGGAAGUGUAAACACUAGUGUAGCCGAGAAACAACAGUUGGCAAAGUCAUCUCUUGCUUUCAAUUGUAAAAAUGCAACAUUCCGGAAACUAUUUCCCGAUUAUGUAGAGAAGUACAGCCAGCAACAAGUAGCUGAAGAGGAAGCAGCCACUCAACAGACAACACCUAAGGAUUCUACACAGACGGAAAAUUCGAAAGUCGAAUCAGAGAAAAGCGUUGGUCUUAGAAAGGAAGGCAUUGAAGAAAUGGGAUUGAAAGAGAAGAGAAGGAACAAGAAAGAAGCAUUACCGGGUUGGAUAGUAUUGUUGCUAGUAUCGAUUGUUGGUGUUGUAAUGGCUUUGCCUUUGCUUCAAAUGUGAUUAGAGUCAACAUAACAUGACUACGAGUCAAUCUGGUAAAAUUUGUUUACCAUGGUCUCUCACUCUCAGUACUAAUUAGUGUCUUUUUGUUCUCUCUCCUCUCUUAUAAAGAAAACAGAUACAUCCAGUUUGGUAUGGGUUUUGAAAUAUAUAAAUAUAAAUGUAGCUUAAUUUGAAUUA